AUGAAGGAGGCUCUUGAAGAUAAACGCGUCUUAUCUAUUCAAAGCCAUGUUGUUUAUGGUUAUGUUGGAAACCGCAGCUCUGUUUUCCCUCUUCAGUAUGUUCCUGAGGAAUUAAUUCCAAUUUACAAGAACGUGAUCAUACAACUAGCUGAUGUCCUGCUCCCGAACCAGUUCGAGGCUGAACUUCUGACAGGCUGCAAAAUUUCCGACGAGGCCUCGGCACUCGAGUGCAUGGAUAUAUUACACAGUUAUGGCAUCCCCACCAUCAUUUUCAGCAGCACUGAACUGCAUACUGCUGAUGACCGUGGCAAACUCCUGACUGGCUACGUCAGCCAUCGUCCAGAUCUAGCCGCCGAAAGACGAUCGGAGAAGGUAGACGUGUCGGGAAAGAAAACGGUUACUGCUCAACGGAUCCGCAUAACUUUUCCACAGCUUCCAGGCGUCUUCUUUGGCACCGGUGACCUCUUCAGCGCCCUGACGCUAGCGUACCUUGAACGUGAGGGCCAAAAUCCCGACCUCAAGGUAUCCGUUUUACACUGA